UCAAGUGUCAACAAAAUUUGUGGAAGGAGACGAUUUGCGAUUAAACAUUUUAUUUAUUUUCUAUCAUAUUAGUUAAUUACUAUUGUAAAGAAAGAUCUAGUGAUAAAGACGGUCAACAAUCAUUUUACUAAACUUUUAGACAAAAACCUCGUUUUUGAAUAUUUCGAGUUGUAAUAAAAAGCAUUUUAUACUUAAAAAUAAUCCAGAAAAGUUGUUUUAGUAAAUUAACGAAACGCUUUAAUAAACAUUUCCUACGUUUAUUUAAGCGGAUUUGAAAGUUAUUGUGGUAUUUAUUAGUUAAUAACCAUGGAGAAUGCACAAAUAGUAACCAAAUUGAAACUUUUAUUUGAAAGAAUUGCUCAACCCGAUUAUAUCUUGGACCACCACUAUGCCGAUAAUUUUUUCAUUAAAUUAAGCUCCAAUGACCCAGAUGUGCAAUAUUUAAAAUCAUUGCCUAUGUUGCCAGAUAUGUUAAUAGCAGCCUUUUACCGCACAGACAAUUACCAUGUCACAGUGAAAGUUUUUCUUGUAAGAUUGCUGGCUUUCAUUACACAUAAUGAAGUCAACUUUGCAAAAUUUAGUGCUAAAAAAGGAGAUGAUUUGGCUAAGGCUUUUGAUCAGAUUAACUCUCCAGACAUGCAUACAAGUUUGAGAGUAGCAAAUAUGGAGGUAGCCUUAGCACUUUUAAAUCACAAUUCUGGAGUUCAUUGGUUACUUGAAUCUAAUUCAUGGCAAAAAAUAUUAACACUCUGUAAUGAAAAAAGAACUGUUUUUAUAGUUAGACAGACUUAUAAGUUUGUUUCGACUUUUAUAUGGAAACUGAAGAAUUUUGGUGAUGAUGCUAAUGUGAGACAUGUUCUAUCUUUCAUAUUGAAACCUGUAAUUGAUGCAGACUUAAUUCAAAAACAAUCAAUAACAAGUGAAGAAGAGGAUGAACUGUGUAAAAUGUAUGAACCAAUGAUGCAAAUGUUGCUCACUAUUGUGAGCAAUGAAAAAGAAAUCAAAUCUCAAAACUGUGUAAUGCGUUACCUACUGCAAGAGUUUCAAAUAGAGGCAUAUUGUUAUAUCAUGCUUGAUAGAUUAAGGAGAGAAGAUAUUUGGUUGCUUACAACAAAAUUUCUAUUUUGGUCAGCUAUUGGUAAAUUAUUCCUUGUAAAAAUACUUCAGCCUGGUGCUAAAUUUGAGAAGGGAGAUUUUAUGGAAUUAGCUGUCACUUACUUUAACACAAUACACAGAUUAAUACAAAAGCGUUCCCCGAAGUUACUAUUUGACUAUUGCAAUGCAUGUAAUUUGAUUUGGGGAAGGGUGUGGAAUCAUGAAGAACCAAUAAGAUGGGACGUAAAUGAAAAACAUAUGGAAAUGCAAAAACAGUUGCUCAUAGUAAGUCUUGUGCCUCCAUUGGUGUAUGUUACUCUAGGUAAGAAUCAAUCCUUAGAUGAGAGUGAGGGUGAAGUUGAAUUGUAUAUCAAUACAAUAAUGCAAUCUACUUGUGAACAUGCAGCCCGAGCAGCCUACGCAGUUCGCAACAUGAUGACACAACUAGAUGUUCUGCAAGUAACAUUACUCAGUGUAAAAAGACUAACAUUCCUUGAAAAUAAUUUAAACAAUGAACAAGCAAAUAUAGUGUUUCAAGCAAUGUUCUAUGUAAUAAAAGAGUUUGAGCCAUUUGAUGAAGAAGGUUUAUCAAGGACGGAUUAUUGCUACGGAGAUGAAAUAGACAAGAUAUCAAUAAUGGCGUAUGUUCUUGAUACAUUAUUGUUUCUGAUUAAGAACUACAAUAUAAAUUGGAAAGAGAGCUUAGAAGUGAUAUGUUUGAAUGCGGUUGUGUAUAAUGUGUUGAAGAGGCCUAACUUAAGUUGUAAAUUUGUAGUAACAGCUCUAAAUGUGAUAUCAACCACGAUAAAGAAGUCACUGACUCCAAAUCUGUCUCUCCUACUCGACACAAAACCAGGGUCUGGAAUGCAUGAGAUUGGAAUGCUUAUAUACACGAAGAUGCAUGACCUCAACUGGGAAAUAAGAGAUACAGCUCUGGAGCUUCUUCUUGUCUGCACUGAACUCUCACUUAUUAAAUUCCCUCCAUUCCAAAAGCAGAUUAUGUCUCACAAGCUGAUAAAUGUUGCCAUGACGAUGGCACUCAAUGAUCAUGAGUUCUAUGUGAGAGUUUCGGCGCUUAAAUGCGUGGCUGCUGCAACAAAAGUCAACCUGAUAUGGGAACAAGUAACCUCUGAAUUCCCCAAUGUUCAGGAGCUUAUACUGGCGCACCUCUGCACAAAUCCUGAAGGCAUAGUUCGAAAAGAGACAUUCAACGUGCUCAGUGAAAUAUACCAGAAUAUAAAACUGACUCUAUGAACAAUUUUUAAAUGCCUCUCUCAGUGACUUUCAUUGGGAAGUCCAAAUAAGUGCCUUGAAGUUUUGGCGAGUUGUCAUCCACUCGUUGCUUGGAGAUCAAGGAAUGUUGGACGGAACUUUUCCUCCGGUCACCUUCUC